CGAAAUUCAAUUAACUCCGCUCCCUGCUACGCUCUUGCGCAUCCCCCCAUAUACCCGCAGUCUGCAUUCAUCAGACCUACAACAUCGCAGCAGGUUGCGCUUUCAACUUCCGGACAACCAAAACGCUACUGAGCUGUUGCACACACCACCACCAUGGCUGCCCUUGCUUCCAAGCAGCAGUCGCUGAAGAUCUUUGAGAAACUGAAGACUAAGCCUGCAAACAAGAUCUGCUUCGACUGCGGCGCCAAGUAUCCAACCUGGACGUCAGUCCCCUUUGGCAUCUACCUCUGCCUUGACUGCUCAUCCAACCACCGAAACCUUGGUGUCCACAUCUCCUUCGUCCGAUCCACCAACCUCGACCAAUGGCAAUGGGAUCAGCUGCGCUUGAUGAAGGUCGGCGGCAAUGAGUCGGCCACCAAGUUCUUCCAGCAAAACGGAGGAACCGCCGCUCUCAACAGCAAGGACCCCAAGACCAAGUACCAAUCCAAUGCUGCGACCAAGUACAAGGACGAGUUGAAGCGCCGCGCGGCAAGGGACGCCCAAGAGUAUGCUAGAUACCCUGGCGAGGUUGUCAUCAACGACGCUCCCGAUGCCGACACCUCGACCCCCGCUGGCGAGCCCGACGAUGAUUUUUUCUCAUCCUGGGACAAGCCGUCCAUCAAGAAGCCCACCCCUCCCAUUUCUCGUACAGCAACCCCUCCUACUGUCGGCCGAACCCCUUCCCCCUUCCUCAAUACCAACAAUGGCGCCGGCAAGGACGUUGCUCGAUCUUCCUCGCCUCUGGCCAAGACCGAAGCCGACAACAAGCCUGCUGCCAGCCGCAUAACCACCUCUGCCGCCCUUCGCAAGACGACCGCCACUGGCGCUCCCCGCAAGGCCAACAUCCUCGGUGCCAAGAAGGCACCCAAGCUUGGCGUUAAGAAGGUCACUAGUGACAUUAUCGACUUCGACGAGGCCGAGAAAAAGGCCAAGGAGGAGGCCGAACGCAUCGCAAAGCUGGGCUAUGACCCUGAGGCUGAGGAGGAGAAGAAGGCUGCUACCAAGGCGGACUCCGUCGUAGCUCCUACCCCUGCCAGCCCCCAGGGCGGCUACGGAUCCUCCAGCCACACCCGCCAGAAGUCCAACGCAGAGGUGGAGCGCCUGGGCAUGGGUGUUGCCAGACUGGGCUUUGGUCAGGUUGGUGGACCCAAGGGCGCGGCAGCACCCAAGAAGGCCGGCACCGGGGGCUUCGGCUCCGUUGGACCCAUCAAGGCCAAGACUGAGGAUGACAGUGAGAACUACGCUCGUAGCAAGUUUGGCACCCAGAAGGGUAUCUCCUCUGAUGAGUUCUUCGGCAAGGGUUCGUUCGAUCCCAACGCUCAGGCCGAGGCAAAGGGACGUUUGCAAGGCUUCGAGGGUGCCACCUCAAUCUCGUCCAAUGCAUACUUCGGUCGCCCCGAGGACGAGCCCACGGAAGAAUACGGCGACCUCGAGGGCGCCGCCAAGGACUUCAUCCGCAGAUUCGGAAUCACGGCUGGCGACGACCUCGAGAACCUCACUCAGCUGGCAGGCGAGGCCAGCCAGAAGCUGCAGGGCGCUAUCCGCGCUUACCUUGGAAGCUGAGCGGGGUGAAUGUGACAAGAAAGUUAGAAAUACAGGGUCGGUGUGGCUCCUUUUCCUUGCCGACAACGAUCCGAGAGAGGCGUCCCAUACUCCGUCACAUUGGAGGACGGAUAACAGUUCUGGGGGCCCUGUCAUAAAGGGUAGAAGAGGAACGAACGGGAACAUUGAAAAACGCUAGGCGGGUGCGAGUAGAGAUACCUUGUGCGUUGUGCCAUGGACUAUUAGUGAAAUCUCGGGUUGGGUAGGGAAGG